AUUUCAAAACCGACGUCUUUCUUCCCAUGCAUUGCGCAUUUAAUUAACGCUGCCAAAACAUACAUGUGGAUAUAUAUAUAGUUUUUUUAUAUAUAGAUGUACCUUUACCUUCAACUUCUCCAUUGUUCUUCUCCAAGUACUUCUCUCUUCAACCAAAAAAAAAGAGUACUUUCCUUCUCAUAGGAUUUUUUUGCUUUCUCUUGAAAAACCUUUUGUUAUUGUUAUUGGUUCGUACGUUGUUCAUUAUUUGACAAGAAACAAGAUUACAAAAAAAAAAAGUACAUCAACCCAAAAUAAUGGAGUUGAUGAAUUUGGCUUCAAAAGAAACAAGCUAUUGGAUGAUUGCACUGCCUGCCGGUUUUGGAUCCCAAAACCUACAUGAUGUUUCCACCCUAGGCUAUCUAUUCCUUGCCGUCGUUUUUCUCUCUAUAGUCACGUGGGCUCUCGCCGGAGGCGGUGGUGUCGCUUGGAAGAACGGCCGUAACCGGUUGGGUCGUGUCGCGAUCCCUGGUCCUCGUGGCAUACCAGUAUUCGGCAGUCUUUUCACUCUCAGCCGAGGCUUGGCUCAUCGGACGUUAGCAGCCAUGGCUUGGAGCCGAGCCAACACUGAGAUUAUGGCUUUUAGCCUUGGUUCAACGCCGGUUAUCGUGGCUUCUGAACCAAACAUAGCUCGUGAGAUUCUGAUGUCGCCUCACUUCGCGGACCGGCCGGUUAAGCAGUCUGCUAAGAGCCUCAUGUUCAGCCGAGCCAUAGGUUUCGCCCCAAACGGGACUUACUGGCGCAUGUUAAGAAGGAUCGCAUCGACUCACCUAUUUGCUCCUCGGCGUAUCUUAGCACACGAAGCUGGGCGCCAGCUAGACUGCGCUGAAAUGGUGAAAGCUGUGUCAGUGGAGCAAAACGGCGCUGGAUCAGUCGUUUUAAGGAAACACUUACAACUAGCCGCCUUGAACAACAUCAUGGGAAGUGUUUUUGGGAGAAGAUACGAUCCUCUGGCUCAGAAAGAGGAUCUUGAUGAGCUUACAUCAAUGGUUAGGGAAGGGUUCGAGCUUUUGGGUGCUUUUAAUUGGUCUGAUUAUCUUCCAUGGCUCGGUUAUUUCUACGACUCAAUUCGUUUAAACCAACGUUGCUCAGAUCUCGUCCCUCGAAUUAGAACCCUCGUCAAGAAAAUCAUCGACGAACAUCGAGUUAGUAACUCUGAGAAGAAAAGAGACAUUGGAGAUUUUGUUGAUGUCUUAUUGUCUUUAGACGGUGAUGAGAAACUUCAAGAAGAUGACAUGAUCGCCGUUUUAUGGGAGAUGAUUUUUCGAGGGACAGAUACAACGGCGUUAUUAACGGAGUGGACCAUGGCCGAGCUAGUACUGAACCCUAACGUGCAAACCAAGUUACGAGACGAGAUUUUAACUGCUGUGGGCGACGGCGCCGACGGAGACGUGGCAGAUGCUGACCUGGCAAAACUCCCGUACCUAAACGCAGUGGUGAAGGAAACUCUAAGGCUGCAUCCUCCUGGACCACUGCUUUCAUGGGCUCGUCUUUCCACGUCAGACGUCCAGCUCAGCAAUGGCAUGGUGAUUCCAAAGGGAACUACAGCGAUGGUCAACAUGUGGGCUAUAACCCACGACCAGACUGUAUGGUCCGACCCGCUAAAGUUUGACCCGGAGAGAUUCACUGGGAAUGCUGACAUGGAUAUUCGUGGUGGGGAUCUAAGGCUUGCACCGUUUGGAGCCGGUAGGAGAGUGUGUCCGGGGAAGAACAUGGGGCUAGCUACUGUGACUCGGUGGGUGGCUGAGUUGGUACGACGGUUCGAGUGGGGUCAGGAUCAGACCGAGCCAGUUGAUCUUGGUGAGGUCUUGAAGCUUUCUUGUGAGAUGGAGCAUCCGUUACGUGCCGUUGUAACGGAAAUAUUUUAAGUCAAAAAAGGGCUAAGUAGGGUUUUGAUUUUUGUCAACGUUUUGGUUACUUAUAAUUUUUAAUUUAACGUUUUUUUGUUGUCGAGAGGUAUGAAUUGCAGAAUGCUUGCCGUUUUAGUAUUUUAUCGAGAGUUUUUUUUUCUUUCAAUUGGUGACAUAGUGAUUUGGUUUGAUAUGUAGUAUCAAUGUACCAUUAUCUUGUGGGUCUAAAAUCUAAAUGGAGUAAUGAGUAAGAGAUAUCAAUUUUGGUCU